UAAUGGUUUUAAACAUCUAACCUUUACCCGCAGCAGGUGACACAAGUCCGGUUUAGUGUCUGUUGUCAAAAUUAUCCCGCGUCACGAAAUGAAAUAGAACACCGUAAAUGCAAGUUUUAUAGACGGGGGAGAGCAUUACAAUAUGCAGUUUCAGAUUAAUACACGACUGGCUAAGAGACGUUUACUUCACGUUUUGGGACACGAGAAUUAUACGAGACCAUAACUAUAUAGCUGAGGAUAUUCAAGUCUCGACUGAGGAAAAAUCAGCCGGUAUUAAGGAGGCUAUCGAGGUAGUUAUAUUCUUGACGCCAAAAUAGGAAGAUUCACAACAAGUUGAACUGCCGAACAAUAUCUAAUUGUGAACACCACACUAUAUACCGCUGUGGUUUAAUAUUCUGUUGACAAGCUUAACUACUGGACAACAAAUUUAUAUAGUUCUCCUGACUUAUGUGAUCGCCUGAUUGCCUUAUACCUCAGGAAUCAUGGCUUAUUUCAUCGCGUAUUUUGUUAUGGUGCUGCUAUCAACAUAUCAUAGUAUUUGGGCUACACGAUUUCUACCGACAGUCGUUUGGGAUCAUUUAAAUCCAUUAUUAUACUGCAAGUGUAAUUGGCUGGUCGUACCGUCUGUAGAUCUAUAUGAUCAACAACAGUUCACUUGUCCGACUUCGAAAUUUUUUUCAAAUUUAUUGGAUGGAUUCUCAAGAACGGACGAUGAUAGAAAUGCGAGAAUUUUCCAGCGGAAGUGGACGGGGACGAAAGAUGAGAUGAUUAAUAGCAUUAGAAAUAAAACUAUUCAUUCUUUCUGUGAUCCACGAAGUCAAGAUACUACAGUUUUACACAAGUGUAAGGCUGGAAAAUACGAUUCCACUGAAGUUACGUAUAAAUAUAACAAAGAUGCGGCCAAGAGGUAUGACAAAGGAAGCAUUUAUGUCUUCUUUGGAAACAGUCUUGAUGGUAAAGCAAACACCUUUAACGAUAACGAAGCAAGAUGCACAAUGUUCUUUGCUGUAUAUGUAACAGAAAAAAAGAAGGCAGUCUACGGGAUGAACUUCAAUAAACCAGCUUUAACCAAUAAGGAUUGCGAUUUAUCUUCGUGUCGACCGGUGAUGUCUUCUGAAGCUCCAACUCCAACUUCUUUUACAACUCCAACGAUUAUUUCUCCAAGCUCUUCUAAAACCCAGGCAUCAUGUAUAAUUGAACUAACAUCAUCACCAAUUCAAGCAUCGAGACUUUCAUCAAUGAUAUUAACAACACCAACUGCCGCGACACAGUCGAAGUUAUCAAUCCCAUCAAUGCGCAUGCACGGGCUGCAGCAUAGAGGGACCGAUAAAAUAGAAUCGACUCCAACGAUGGCGACGUUGUUAUGCAGCAGCAGCAGCAGCAGCAGUGUCGAAAAUCCAGUAACUAAAAGACCCGACGACGUAGUUCAUCCAUCAGCUACUAGAUCCUGGUUGAGUGAGACAGUAUUGAUUGUGGCAACUAUUUCUGGGUUUUUUAUUGGUGUUAUCAUCACAAUACUAGUUUUCCUAACCUUCAGAUUAUGCUCGAAAAAAAACGAUCGUCAAAAUAGUAUUGAUACACCGACACAUGGCUCGCCAAGGCAGACAGAGAUCAUUCAUGACGGACAUGAGACGAAAGGAAAUAUUUUUAGUCGAAAACUAUAACACGAACCUUACGAUUAUGUGUACUCCGUAUUCGGAACAUCGAUUACUGCUGGUAGUAAUUUCGUCGCUAUCAUGCGAAUGGAACUAUUGGAUGUUCAGCUUCCUGAGAAAAAUGUUUUUAAUGGACGUAAAUUGACAGUCCCCAAAUAAUUGCAUGUCAUUUUGUAUAAAUAGAGAUAUACUUUAUACUAUAAAGUUAAAUUAUUGUUAAUAUCCCAAGAGUAUUAUCGAAUUUAUAUUAUUUAGAGUUUAUACUGUAAAGAAUAAGACAAUAUAAAAGUUUUGUCUCAUUGCAGACGAGACGUA